UAAAGACCGAGCCGAGCUAACGUUAGCCGAAACAUUUCUAGGUUACUGAGGGAGCAGCUCGACUGGAGGGGAAAGACAAGGACAUGGGAAGGAAAUGUUAGAGUUUAUGUCACUUUUGAGCGAUUUCGAGUCGGUGCCGGCUGGUUUAGCGGUUGUUCUUUGAUAGACUCGGUCAAUGGACAGCGUUUCUGCGGUUUUUGACUCCAUGCUGAGCGGCUAGCGACGAUAACGGGACUCGGCGGAGCUCUUGGUUGGAGGAUUCCCUCUAUGCUCGUUCCUCUCCCUCUCUCUUCCAUGUUGCCGUGUUUGCGGAGAGCCCUGCGGCCCACGCUGCUCCGGGCGCUCAGGCCACCGCUGUGCGCAACCCCAGGCCACAGCGCCAGUUUGGGCACACAUGCACGCAAAGAGCCUGUGGAGCCCCUGAGCUCGCCACAGGGGGCUCGCGACUUCAUCUAUGGCCUGAUCCCCUCUGAGCGCUCAUGCCUGUUGCGCGAACUGCACCGCUUCGAGUCCAUAGCCAUUGCUCAAGAGCAGCUGGAAAUGGCUCCUCCAACUGCAGCUCAGCUGAGAUAUGUGCUGCUCCACAAUGCUAUCCCCUUCAUUGGCUUCGGCUUCCUGGACAAUGCCAUCAUGAUUGUUGCAGGAACACAGAUCGAGCUGUCCAUAGGAGUGAUCUUCGGCAUCUCAACCAUGGCAGCUGCUGCUCUCGGUAACCUGGUAUCGGACUUGGCUGGACUUGGUCUUGCAGGUUAUGUGGAAGCUCUGGCCUGCAGGCUUGGAAUGCAGAUUCCAGACUUGAGUCCCAAACAAGCUGAUAUGUGGCAAACCAGAGUCAGCUCUCAUACCGGCAAGGCCAUUGGAGUAAGCAUCGGCUGCAUCCUGGGCAUGUUUCCCCUCCUCUUCUUCAAAGACGACGAUGAGAAGAAAGCAGAGGAAGGGGAGGAGCAGACAUCUCCUUCUGCUGCCACCUCCAAAAGCGCAUGAUGAGAAGGAGAAGCGCCCCAGAGGGGCCUCCCUGACAGACUGUUCCUCCUGUAAAAUAAAGAACCUGUGGUCGGACCGCUCUUCAAGCUGUCCAUCACAGCAUCAUUUCAGCCUGUUGCAGCAGGUGCUCCAUCCUGAACUAACACCAUGCGCAUUUCUUCGACGACGUUGUUGUGUUGAAACUUUUAAGUACUGGCAUCAAAGGUUUGAGACAGCACAUAGUUCCAGACGAAUGAGAGAUUGAGCAUCCUUCAACCAUUCCGGCUGCCUCUUUCAUUCUACAAUAUGGCUGUAGUUUUGUUUUGUUUUUCAUAGGAAUUGUGAUCUCAGCUGUCAGGAUGUACAGCCCUGGUCUCAUCAGGAGCGAUUGAAGGCCACUCUGACAGUCCAGUGGUGCAGAACAGAAAUAGGGUCAGUUCCUUUUCACUUCAGAGCACUGCGGAUUGAGUCAAAACUGCUAACAUGACUGACGGUGAAUGAAGGCUAGUGGGAAAUAUUUUGCAUGAACUUGUUUGCGUAAUGCUAGCAAGUAGUAGAUUUUAUUUAUUUAAUUUCACUUUUGGGUGUGCAGAUUUCUCAAAAGUGUGCAGAGAAGGAUUUGUGAUUGAAGGGCUUGAAUUACUAGCAGCGUUUGAUUGAAUAUAGAUAUUAGUUCAGGCUGUCCAAGUGACAAAUUUAAAAGGGGUCUCCAGCCUGAAACUAGCAUUUAAUAUGUUAUUUGUCAUGUUAUCUAUAAUUUUGUAGCAUUGCAUCCGUCAGCCUCGUCGGUUGGGCAGAAUUUACAAUUUUGUAUUCGGUUUGUGUUUUGUCCAUCGGCGUUCUUUCUCUCACUACAAUACCCAGCAUGCUUAUGCAAAUAUCAUAGUACCAUUUGGAAACCCAGGCACACUGAUAAAGAAAUUCGCUGAUAUACCACUGAAAAAGUAAUAAACAUAAUGAUAAUAAUAAAUAUAAACAUGAUUUUUUUACUUCCUACCAGUAGCGUUAGCUAUCUGGCUUCUUUCUGCCCACCAUCAAGUUUCCCCUAAAAAGGGCUUCUUCCACCAUCAAGAGGCAUCAUCAGAAGAGGUUUUUACUAGUCUUUAAACCUGAAAUUCUCACUUUCAAGACUAUUGGCACCGCUGGCAAGGCAAGCCGGCAUCUUUGCAAUAUAUGUAGCAAUGGUCACAUUUUUCAUUUGGCUGGAGUGCCCCUUUAAUUCACUUGGAAUAUUUUGAUAGAACUGUACAGUAUGGGUAAUCUGAACUGGGAGUUACUGCUCCUUUCCUGAUUUCAAUAGAUUGAAAUGGAGUUGACUUCAGGCUCAAUUCUUAGUAUAAGUUGUUCAACGCCAUUAAAUUGACAGCAUAAAAUAGCAAGUUCAAACUAGAGAUUGUGUCAUGUGUAGAAGUGGCCUCUUAUUUUGAUGGGUCUGCAGCUGCACUGGAAUCUGAUACUGCCAAUGGAAUAAACUGUUUUAUCAUCAUCUUACACUAGAAAUCAGAACGCUAGAGAUCAGCACAUCUCCCCUUAAUAGUGACUAUGUGAAUUGGAACUCUUUGAAGUGAAGGACUUUGGAGAACCUUUAAUUUGUAUUUUGUGUUGUUUCUUUGAACACAUUUCUCUCUCAACGUAAGCGAUGAUUGAAAAUACAAGGUAACCCCACCCUACCACCAGUGGGCAGUACUGAGACAGAACUGAAACAGGAGGACAUCUGAAAUGCAUGAAGAAUCUGAGCAGACUUCCCUGGUGAAUACUUAUGUUCAAAUAUUGUCCUAUUUAGUCUGAUAGAGCUUUAAUCAUGCAUCAACGGAAAUGUUUGAACACUUCCAACGCACAAAAACAUUCACAUACAUAUACAUGCACGCUACGUUCACUACACAUACCUCAGCCAUGUUACUGUGUUAUGUGCCUUAAUGCAGGGGUGGCCAACAGGGGCCGUAUGAAGGAAAAGUGUUUUAGGAGUCCACUGGCUCCCUUGGCCAACCCUGGCUUAACUCACACUGUAAACACAAAAUAUACACUGCUAAUGGGAACCUGACCCGGCAAAUAUCUGUUCAAUUACAGGCAAACUGUAUAUUCAUCUCUUAACACUGCAGAAUGUUUGCACACAUAGUGUAAAAGGCUUUUUUGUUUGUUAAUUAGCUUUGUGUCAUUUAUGAAGUGUUCAUACUUUAAGUGUUUUGAACGUAACAGGAUCAAGAUGUCUGGACAUGGAGUGUCCUGUAGCUCGGCCAACGCCUCCGAAUUUCCGAUAUGAUAUUCUAGGCCACCGUAACCAUGGAAACGCUCUGCUUCCAUCUCUUCAUUAGAGAGCUUCCUGCUGAGCCUGGCACAUACACUGACAGCAAAAUGUGAACCAGGGUUACAGGAUCUAAUUGACCUCGUCGCGUUGAGAGAAAAGAAGUAAGCACAAGCACUUACAUAAGCAGACCAACGAAAACUGGCAUGACGAAAUCACUUUUUGUGUGUGUAUGUAGAUUUUUCAUUGUGAAGUCGAGGUUGAAUGAAACCGUUUAAAAAAUGUUUCGACCUGUAUUAUACAUCGACUUACAUACCACUUCAUUAAAUAUACCUCCUUGUAUCUACACUCUUCAUCCAUGUUAUCAGGUCUGUUUACCAUACAGGUGCACUUUGUAGUUCUACAGUUACAGACUGUAGUCCAUCUGUUUCUCUGCAUACUUUGUAAGCCCCCUUUUACCCUGGUUUUCAAUGGUCAGGACCCCCCACAAACGCUGACACGAUAGCUCUGUUACUGCUCAGUUUGUGUUGGUCAUUCUCUGGUGGACAGUUCUCAGUCCAGCAGUGACACUGAGGUGUUUAAAAACUCCAGCAGCACUGCUCUG